UCAAAUUUUUCUCUAUCUUCUCCCAAUUCCUCCCCCUCUAUCUAGGUCUAAAAAUUUUGAAAAUCAAAAUUACUUUUCGUCUCACAUUUUUCUUACUCCAUAACUAAAAUUCAAAUUCACAUUCAUAUAUCGAGUUUCUUCGAAAUUUUAUUGGUAAAACCUAAAGUUAAGUUCAAUUUUCGGUAAUUAGCAAAAAUGUCGACGGAAGAUGAGAAGUUAUUGAAAGAAGCGAAGAAACUUCCAUGGGAAGAUCGAUUAUUUCACAAGAAUUGGAAAGUUCGUAAUGAUGCGAAUAUUGAUUUAGUUUCGUUAUUUGAUUCAAUUACCGAUCCAAAAGAUGCUCGUCUUCGUGAAUUUGGUCAUUAUUUUAAAAAGACAGUGUCAGAUUCUAAUGCACCUGUACAAGAGAAAGCACUUGAUGCUUUAAUUGCUUAUUUAAAAGCUGCUGAUGCUGAUGUUGGAAGGUAUGGAAAAGAAGUAUGUGAUGCAAUCGCUGCGAAAUGUCUUAUGGGGAGGACAAAGACAGUGGAAAAGGCGCAAAUAGCGUUUAUGCUUUGGGUGGAGCUGGAGGCAGCUGAAGCUUUCCUGGAUGCAAUGGAGAAGGCUAUUAAAAAUAAAGUGGCUAAAGCAGUUGUACCAGCCAUUGAUGUCAUGUUUCAAGCGUUAAGUGAAUUUGGGGCCAAGGUUGUACCUCCCAAAAGAAUUCUUAAGAUGUUGCCGGAGCUUUUUGAUCAUCCGGACCAAAAUGUUCGUGCUUCCUCUAAAGGAUUGACCCUAGAAUUAUGUCGUUGGAUCGGGAAGGACCCGGUAAAAUCCAUCUUAUUGGAGAAAAUGAGGGAUACAAUGAAAAAAGAACUGGAGGCAGAGCUUGUCAAUGUUACAGGAACAGCAAAGCCCACUCGAAAAAUAAGGUCAGAACAAGACAAAGAACCUGAACCAGAAAUUGUUCUUGAAGUGACAGGCGCUGGACCUUCAGAAGAGUCUACUUCUGAUGCUCCACAGGAAAUAGAUGAAUACGAGCUAGUUGAUCCAGUUGACAUACUAACGCCAUUAGAGAAGUCAGGAUUUUGGGAUGGAGUGAAAGCUACAAAGUGGUCAGAGCGGAAAGAGGCUGUUGCUGAACUGACAAAACUUGCUUCUACAAGGAGAAUAGCACCAGGCGAUUUCACUGAAGUCUGCAGAACUCUUAAAAAGCUAGUCAUAGAUGUGAAUCUGGCUGUCUCAGUUGAAGCCAUACAGGCCAUUGGGAACCUUGCAAGAGGAUUACGGGCACACUUUUCAGGGAGUUCACGCUUUUUGCUUCCUAUUUUACUAGAAAAACUGAAGGAGAAAAAGCCUACUAUUACUGACGCUUUAACUCAAACAUUACAAGCAUUGUACAAGUCUGGGUGUCUAAAUCUUGUUGAUGUACUUGAAGAUGUUAAGGCAGCAGUGAAAAAUAAAGUUCCUCUUGUGAGAUCAUUGACUCUAAAUUGGCUCACAUUUUGUAUUGAGUCAAGUAAUAAGUCUGUCAUUCAAAAGGCUCACAAGGAUUAUGUUCCAAUCUGUAUGGAGUGCCUUAAUGAUGGAACUCCAGAAGUUAGAGAUGCAGCCUUUUCUGCUUUGACAGCCAUAGCAAAGUCGGUAGGUAUGAGACCUUUGGAAAGGUCACUGGAGAAACUUGAUGAUGUUCGAAGAAAAAAGCUUAAUGAUAUGAUUGGUGGUCCAGGAAGUGGCCCACCUGCUAGUGGAAAUUCAGGUAAUGCGCCAACAUCAAAUGGAGCUGCAUCAGAGACUUCAGGAAGCUCUUUUGUAAAGAGAUCAGCAGCAAGUAUGUUAAGUGGUAAAAGGCCUGUCCAGGCAGCUCCUGCUACCAAGAAAGGCACUUCAGCAAAACCUGCUACCAGUAAAAAGCUUGAUGGAGGUGGGCAGCAAAAAACCUCAAAAACGUCUGAACCUGAAGAUGUUGAGCCAUCAGAGAUGAGUCUCGAGGAAAUUGAAAGCAGAGUGGGCUCUCUUAUGCAAGCGGAGACUAUAUCUCAACUGAAGAGUGCUGCAUGGAAAGAAAGACUUGAAGCAAUUUCCUCAUUGAAGUCUCAAGUGGAGGGUAUUCAGGAACUCGAUCCGUCAGUGGAGAUUUUGAUACGUUUGUUAUGUGCUAUUCCUGGAUGGAGUGAGAAAAAUGUCCAGGUCCAGCAGCAAACAAUUGAAGUUAUUUCUUAUAUUGCGUCAACUGCAACAAAGUUUCCCAAGAAGUGUGUUGUUCUCUGUCUCCUUGGCCUAAGUGAAAGAGUGGCAGAUAUUAAGACCAGAGCUCUGGCAAUGAAAUGUCUGACUACGUUUUCAGAAGCAGUGGGUCCAGGAUUCAUUUUUGAAAGACUAUUUAAAAUCAUGAAAGAGCACAAGAAUCCUAAGGUUCUUAGUGAAGGCCUUCUAUGGAUGGUUUCUGCUGUUGAGGACUUUGGUGUUUCUCAUUUGAAAUUGAAGGACUUGAUUGAUUUCUGCAAGGACACGGGACUGCAAUCAAGUGCUGCUGCAACUAGAAAUGCCACAAUUAAGUUGAUUGGUGUCUUACAUAGGUUUGUUGGCCCAGAUAUUAAGGGUUUCCUUGCAGAUGUUAAACCUGCCCUUCUUAGUGCGCUUGACACUGAGUAUGAAAAAAAUCCAUAUGAGGGACCUUCUGUAGCUCCAAAAAAGAUGGUGAAAGCAUCUGAUUCAUCAUCUGUUCCUGUUGGUGGCUCAGAUGGCUUGCCACGUGAAGAUAUCAGUGCUAAGAUAACUGCUACUUUGCUGAAAAACUUUGAAAGCCCUGAUUGGAAGACACGUUUGGAAUCCAUUGAAGCUGUUAAUAAAAUUUUGGAGGAGGCCAAUAAGCGAAUUCAACCCAUUGGAACUGGAGAACUGUUUGGUGCUCUUAGAGGGCGUUUGUAUGAUAGCAAUAAAAGGCUGGUGAUGGAAGCAUUAUCUACCAUUGGUGGUGUAGCAUCCGCCAUGGGUGUAGCAGUUGAGAAGGCAAGCAAGGGUAUUCUUUCAGAUGUCUUGAAGUGCCUUGGUGACAAUAAAAAGCAAAUGCGAGAAUGUGCUUUAACGACAUUGGACUUGUGGUAUGGUGCUGUCCACCUUGAUAAAAUGAUUCCCUACAUUGCAGCUGCUUUUUCAGAAUCAAAACUUGGUGCAGAGGGGCGUAAGGAUCUUUUUGAAUGGUUAUCUAGGCAACUUUCCCAGCUAAGCGACUUCCCUGAUGCUGUGCAGCUAUUAAAACCAGCUGCUGUUGCCAUGACGGAUAAAUCAGUAGAUGUUCGUAAAGCAGCUGAUGCAUGCCUUUCAGAGAUUGUAAAAGCCUGUGGUUCAGAACUGGUUAUGAAAAAUCUUAAAGAUAUUCCAGGAUCAGCUGUGGCCCUUGUAGUCGAGAAGCUGAAGCCUUAUGGAGCUGUUGCAGAACUGCAUGAUUCUGCUCAAAUAACUUCGACUGCUUCAAAUCCCAAAAGUAGCGCUAGAGCUGGUAAAAUUAAUUCAAAUGCGGUUGGUGAUCGUGCUUCUAAGCAUGGAAUGAAAUCAGCAUCAUCGAGGUCUGCUCCAAUGAGGAACUCAAGAGCGGAGUCAAUCAUGUCUGUUAAUGAUAUUGCUAUACAAUCUCAGCCAUUACUAAAUGUCAAGGAUUCCAACAAGGAAGAUAGAGAGAGGAUUGUUGUCCGCCGUUUCAAAUUUGAAGAGCUACGAUUGGAGCAAAUUCAGGAUCUUGAGAGUGGGAUUAUUCGAUUUUUUAGGGAUGAUUUGAGUAGAAGGCUUCUGAGUACAGAUUUCAAAAAGCAUGUGGAUGGCAUCGAAAUGCUACAAAGGGCACUUCCGUCCAUUGUAAAGGAUCUAAUAGAAGUAAUGGAUAUUGUUUUGAGGUGGUUUGUUCUAAGAUUUUGUGAAUCCAACACUACUUGCUUAUUGAAGGUUUUGGAGUUUCUUCCUGAACUUUUUGAGGCAUUGAGGAUUGAGGGUUAUGCAUUGACUGAAGCUGAAGCCACUAUAUUCCUUCCAUGUUUGGUUGAAAAGUCUGGACAUAACAUCGAGAAACUACGGGAAAAAAUCCACGAGCUUACUAAACAUAUUGUCAACGUAUAUUCAGCAGCAAAACUUUUUCCGUACAUCGUGGAGGGUUUACGUUCAAAAAAUAACCGUACACGGAUAGAGUGCGCUGAUCUUGUUGGUUUUCUUCUUGAAAACCAUGGAGCUGAGAUAAGUGGACAGCUGAAAAGCUUGCAGAUUGUUGCAACUCUAACAGCUGAACGAGAUGGUGAAACUAGGAAAGCUGCUCUGAAUGCUCUUGCCACUGGUUACAAAAUUUUAGGUGAGGACAUAUGGAGAUAUGUUGGAAAACUGACAGAAGCUCAAAGAAGUAUGAUCGAUGAAAAAUUUAAAACAAAGGCUCGUGAGAUGGACAGAAGGAGGGAAGGGAAACCUGGAGAUGCAAGGGCUGCUCUGAGACGUUCAGUCAGGGAUAAUGGGUCUGAUAUUGCUGAACAGAGUGGGGAAGUUUCAAGGUCAAUUGCAGGGCCAGCUUUUGCCAGGGAGCACUAUGUUCAUCCUGAAAUGCACAUGGAGAGAAAUCCAUUGCCUCGAGCACAUGCUGGUGUCUGUGGUCCAACAGAUUGGAAUGAAGCACUUGAUAUCAUAGUUUAUGGUGCACCAGAGCAGUCUGUGGAAGGUAUGAAGGUGGUUUGCCAUGAGUUGGCACAGGCUACAAAUGAUCCUGAAGGAAGUACGAUGGAUGACAUUGUCAAAGAUGCAGAUAGACUUGUCUCAAUCUUGGCAAAUAAGGUUUCCAAGACAUUUGACUUUAGUCUAGGUGGAGCUUCUUCGAGGUCAUGUAAAUAUGUUUUGAACACUCUCAUGCAGACAUUUCAAAAUAAGAAUCUUGCUCAUGCUGUCAAGGAGAGCACUCUUGAUAAUUUGAUUACUGAGCUUCUGCUUUGGCUAUUGGAUGACCGAGUUCCCCGCAUGGAUGAUGGAGGUCAACUUCUGAAAGCUUUGAAUGUUUUGAUGCUCAAGAUUCUGGAUAAUGCAGACCGAACAUUGUCAUUUGCCGUGCUCAUUAAUUUACUACGUCCACUGGAGCCCUCUAGAUGGCCAGCUCCCUCGUCAGACGAAGCUGUUACUGUCAGAAAUCAGAAGUUCUCUGAUCUAGUUGUUAAAUGUCUCAUCAAACUGACAAAGGUUCUUCAAAAUACUAUUUACGAUGUAGACCUAGACCGAAUUCUUCAGAGUAUCCAUGUCUAUCUUCAAGAGCUUGGAAUGGAAGAGAUUAGGAGAAGAGCGGGAGCGGAUGACAAACCUUUGCGUAUGGUCAAAACUGUUUUGCAUGAACUGGUAAAACUUCGGGGAACAGCUAUUAAAGGUCAUCUCUCCAUGGUUCCUAUUGAUAUGGAGCCUCCACCCAUUAUUCUUGCCUACAUAGAUCUGAAUCUUCAGACUUUGGCAGCAGCGAGAAUGCUUACCCCUACUGGACCUGUGGGACAAACUCAUUGGGGUGACUCAACUGCUAAUAAUCCAUCUUCUGCCACUCACUCUGCAGAUGCCCAGCUGAAGCAAGAACUGGCUGCAAUUUUUAAAAAAAUUGGAGAUAAGCAGACAUGCAGUAUCGGUCUUUAUGAACUAUACCGUAUUACACAAUUAUACCCCAAGGUUGAUAUCUUUGCUCAGCUCCAAAAUGCCAGUGAGGCAUUUAGGACCUAUAUAAGAGAUGGAUUAGCGCAGAUGGAAAAGAACGCUGCUGCCGGAAGGACGCCUUCUAGUGUACCAUUACCAACUCCUCCCCCAUCCUCAUUAACUCUUUCUUCACCAAAAUUGGCUCCUUUAUCGCCUGUACAUACAAACUCAGUAAAUGAUUCAAAAUUAGUGAAUUCUAGAGUGGAGCCCACAAAUUUUACUUUGCCUCCAUUCAGAGAUGAUGAAAGGACCGGAAAUGCUACCUUUAGAGGUCCAGCUUUUGAUCAUCUUGGGGACCAAAGAAGUGAAAGAUUACCGACUGGAGUAUCUACUGGAACACUCGAUGCUAUUAGAGAGAGAAUGAAAAGCAUCCAGUUAGCUGCAGCAGGUGUGAAUUCCGAUUCUGGAACUAGGCCAUUAAUGCCAAUGAAUGGUAAUGUCACUCACAAUCAAGUUCAGCAUGGGUUAGAUGAUGGCUCUGCUGAGAACCCGGUUCACAGUGGAGUUCUUCCUAUGGAUGAAAAGGCAUUAUCUGGGUUGCAAGCUCGUAUGCAAAGACUAAAGAGUGGGUCAUUCGAUCAUGUAUAAAUCAGAAAAAGAGGUUCAUGAUACAAGUUACUCGUGCAUCACAUUGUGCAUCUCCUUCAAUGCCUUUUUUGAGUAGCCUUGUAUAUAUUCGGAUUUUGUAAAUAAGAACGCGGCCAAGUUUGACGGACGAUUUUUCAAGUUCUAUGCAAAGUGUAAAGGAUCAUUCAAACAGCUGCCUUGAGAAGCUUCUUUCGAAAGGCUCUUAACUCAUGGUUUGCUAGUUAGGCGUAAUGCAUUCAACUGCAAGAGACCCUAGGCUUGUACUUGGGUUAUUGACGAGACUCACUCCGUGCCAGUCGAAAUUGUUUUCUUCCGCUAGCCAUCCUUCAGAUUGUCAUUUGUAUAUGAUAUUUGAAGCAUACAUGAAAAAAUAUAACUUUUUACUGUAAUUUGAAGAACAUUUUUGUUUUGAUAUACUUCUAUAUUAUAUACUACUGUCAAAGUUACGUGAUACUAAUCUUAUUUUUUAUCGAUGAAUCAUCAAUAGCCGACUAGUUGGAAGUUGGGACCAAAUUUUGAUA